UUAAAAAACUGGUACAUCUUGAUAAGACCUGCUAUAUAACAUUGCAGUUUUUGUCAUAAUGUUUAUUCUACGAAUUUUCGGUUUUCGAAUAUGCCGCCAACAAGAUGUUCAACGAACUACCUGGAGAAGACAACAUCGAUUAAAGAGUUCCACCUUCGACAGAUGAUGAAUCAAAUCGAACCCGGAAUCGAACGGACGUACGGCAGAUGGACCAAAUGGGAUGGCUCGAUAGCAAAUGGCUGGAUGGCAGUACUUUCAAAGGCAUUUCAAUUGGAACUUUGGAUGUGAACGAUGGAUAGGUGCGGACGGAGUAGGAACGACAAAUUGGCGAGGAGGAGAAUAUAACUCUUUUCCAUUUCAUUUAUUUUCUUUUUUCAUGGUCAUUUUCUGAGCGACUCAAUUUUGAGAUGCUCAGUAGUUUUGAUUGAACAGUCAUUUUCUGAGCGACUCAAUUUUGAGAUGCUUUGUAGUUUUGAUUAAACUUUGAGAUGCUUGGUCCUCAUCUCAACAGAACAUCCUCUUCUAAAUCCUAAUAAUGAGAAUC